AGUUGAAACACUGACACAACAGCAGCAGGGGAAAACCAGACUUUUGAGAGAGCAAGCACCUCCCAAGCUGUCCUGAUGGAAGGAGAGACAGUCCCCGAGGCCAGGGGAGCAGGCAGCAAAGCCACUCGGAUCGCCCUCGGUGUCUUUGUGAGCAGCACUGUUGUGCUUGGCACCGCUCUUUUCUUGGUUAGCCAAGGUCUUAUAAAGUUUCAUCCGAAGCAACAGUACUGUUUGACUGCAGAAUGCAUUGAAGCUGCUGCUAGCAUCCUGAGCAAGAUAAAUCAAUCUGUAGAUCCAUGUGAGAACUUCUAUCGAUUUGCAUGUGAUGGCUGGAUAGAUAAUAACCCCAUUCCUGAAGAUAUGUCCAACUAUGGUGUUUAUCCCUGGCUGCGACACAAAGUGGACCUCAAACUAAAGGCAUUGUUAGAGAAACCCAUCAGCAAAAGACGAGACAGUGAAGCUGUACAGAAGGCCAAGAUCCUUUAUGCAUCCUGCAUGAAUGAGGAUAAAAUUGAAAAAGCCGAUGUGAAACCCCUGUUAAGUAUCUUGAAGCAUUCACCCUUCCGCUGGCCUGUGCUGGAAUCCAACAUUGGACCUGAAGGGCUGUGGUCAGAGAGGAGGUUCAGCCUGGUCCAAGCCUUGGCAGCUCUGCGUGGCCAAUACAGCAGCUCUGUCUUCAUCCGUCUGUAUGUGGGUGCUGAUGACAAAAUCUCCCACCGCUACAUCCUGAAGCUUGAUCAAGCAAGCCUCUCUCUGUCAUCUCGAGAGGAUUACCUAGAAAAUACCACAGAAGCCAAAUCUUACCGAGAUGCCUUUUUGAAGUUCAUGGUUGAUACAGCAGUGCUGCUGGGUGCAAAUGCCUCCCGAGCUGAAUCUGACAUGAAGUCAGUUCUAAAACUGGAAGUUAAAAUAGCAGAGAUCAUGAUUCCAUACGAAAACCGGACAAGUGAGGUGAUGUACAAUAAAAUGAACAUAUCAGAGCUUAGUGCCAUGAUUCCACAGUUUGACUGGCUGGGAUACAUCAAGAAGGUGAUUGACACCAAACUCUAUCCUGAGCUUAAAGAUAUAGGUCCUUCAGAAAAUGUGAUUGUCCGUGUUCCCCAAUACUUCAAAGAUUUAUUCAGGAUACUAGAAAAUGAAAGGAAAAAGACUCUUGCCAAUUACCUGGUAUGGAGGAUGGUUUAUUCAAGGUUAUUUAACCUCAGUAGACGCUUUCAGUAUCGGUGGCUGGAAUUUUCUCGGGUGAUCCAUGGCACUACAACUUUGCUGCCCCAGUGGGAUAAAUGUGUGGACCUUGUAGAAAAUGCCCUCCCCUACGUUGUGGGUAAGAUGUUUGUGAAAGCCCAUUUUAAAGAAGACAAGAAAGAGAUGAUGGAGGAAUUGACUGAAGGAAUUCGCUGGGCUUUUAUUGACAUGUUAGAAAAGGAGAACGACUGGAUGGACUCUGAAACAAAAAGAAAAGCUCAUGAGAAGGCAAAAGCAGUUAUGGCGAAAGUUGGGUACCCUCAGUUUAUAAUGAAUGACACAUAUAUUAAUGAAGACAUCAAAACACUGAAGUUUACAGAAAGUGAUUAUUUUGGCAAUGUAUUGCAAACUCGCAAAUAUGCAGCCCAAUCUGAUUUCUACUGGCUUAGAAAAGAAGUUCCAAAAACAGAAUGGUUUACAAGCCCAACUACUGUAAAUGCUUUUUAUAGUGCAUCUACCAACCAGAUCCGAUUCCCAGCAGGAGAACUUCAAAAGCCUUUCUUUUGGGGAACAGAGUAUCCUAGGUCAUUAAGUUAUGGUGCCAUAGGAGUGAUUGUUGGCCAUGAGUUUACUCAUGGAUUUGAUAGCAAUGGUCGGAAAUAUGACAAAAAUGGAAAUUUAGACCCUUGGUGGACGACUGACUCUGAAGAAAAAUUUAAAGAGAAAACAAAAUGCAUGAUUAAUCAAUACAACAAUUACUACUGGAAGCAAGCUGGCUUACAUGUGAAAGGGAAGAGAACUUUGGCAGAGAACAUUGCAGAUAAUGGAGGUCUGCGAGAAGCUUUCAGAGCAUACAGGAAAUGGAUUACAGAAAAGAGGGGAGGAGAAGAAGAGCCUUUACUGCCAGGCCUUGAGUUCACACAUAACCAGCUUUUCUUUCUGAGUUAUGCCCAUGUAAGAUGCAAUGCCUUUAGACCGGAAUCUGCGAGGGAGCAAAUAUAUACUGGAGCUCACAGCCCUCCUCAGUUCAGAGUGAUCGGAUCCAUGAGCAACUUUGAGGAGUUCCGCAAGGCGUUCAACUGCGCGGCGAACACGACGAUGAACCGCGGGGUGCAGUCCUGCCGGCUCUGGUAGUGGUUCCUGCCAGCCCUGGUAGCUGUUCCUGACAGCCCUUGUCUCAGGAGCCUGCAACUGAACUGCUCAAACCCACAGCCAGAAUUUCAGAAUGAUGCUCUGAAAUAUGGAGAGGUGUUACUUCAGAUGCAUCUUCCUCACCCAUAUUGACGAUCUGCAUGGAUCCGAUCAUUCCUUACUUAGAGCCUAGAAACAUUCCAAAUAGAAGA